AUGGGCAUUUCGGGGCUUCUUCCCCUAUUAAAGUCAAUUCAGGUCAAAACACAUAUCAAACAAUAUUCAGGAAAAACUAUAGGUGUAGAUGCAUAUAUAUGGCUUUAUAAAGGGGCAUUUUCAUGUGCAUGGGAUCUAGCACUAGGAGAAUUAACAGAAAAAUAUGUUGAUUAUGCGAUGCAUCGAGUUAGAAUGCUUAAACAUUAUGGAAUUAAGCUUUUUAUUGUAUUUGAUGGAGGCUAUUUGCCAAGUAAAGAAAAGACGGAGAAUCAGAGGGGGAAAAGGCGAGCAGAAAGUAAAGCAAAAGGGUUGGAAUUUCUUUCACAAAAUAAAAAGAGAUUAGCUAUGGAACAAUUCCAAAAAUGUAUCAAUGUUACACCUGAAAUGGCGUAUAAAUUUAUAAAGGCAUUAAGAUGCGAAAAUGUUGAUUAUGUUGUUGCUCCAUACGAGGCAGAUGCUCAAUUAGCAUAUUUAGAAAAGCAGGGAAUCAUUGAUGCUAUUCUUACGGAAGAUUCGGAUCUUUUAGUUUUCGGAUGCAAAUGUAUUCUUCUGAAGUUAGACCAAUAUGGAGAAUGUAUUGAAAUUAGAAGAGAGAAGUUCCCACAAGUUAAAGAAAUAGAUUUAUCUGGAUGGUCAGAUGAAAAUUUUCGAUGUAUGGCUAUUCUUUCAGGAUGUGAUUAUCUAGAAGGUAUUCCAGGUGUAGGAUUGAAAACAGCAUAUCGAUUAUUAAAAAAACAUAAAACAAUUGAUCAACUUUUAAGAGUAAUCAAGUUAGAAUAUGCACUUAAAAUUCCACAUGAUUAUGAAAUGCAAUUUAAUUUUGCAAAUCUAACAUUCAUGCAUCAACGUGUAUAUUGUUUAGAUAAAAAAAGUAUUGUCAUGUGGAACGAGCCAAAGACUUCUCUCGGAGAUAACAUCGAUAGAAUUGCUGGUCCAGAUAUACCAGCAGAUAUUGUUCAAGGAUUAAUAUCUGGAGAAAUUAAUCCAAUAACAAGACUUCCAAUUUUUGCAUCAUUAAAUGAAAUUCAAGCAUUUAAUAAGACUAAAGAAAAUAUACAGUCUUCAAAUGAGUACUACAUGUUUUCUAAACAAAGAAAAGAAAGUUCUUUCAACAAUCAUUCAAUUGCAUCUUUUUUUGCUUCAUCUACAAAUAAUUCUCGACCACAGGUCUUAUCUGUUCUUAAUAAUAAUGCAAAAAGAUUGUCGACGAAUGACAUUUCUAGGCAGACAGAAGUGAAACAUUUUAAGGAAGCCUUUCAAGACAAAAAACACUUUAUAUCAAAGAUUAAUCAGGAAAAUACUCAUCAAACAAAUUAUAUUCUUAAUAAAAUUAACUCUUCUACUCACCAAAAAAAAGCAAAUGUUCAUAUAAUUGAUGAAGAAAGUCAAAUAAAAACUGCAGAAAACACAAAUAACAAAGAAAUUGACCGUAAAACCGUUACUAUAGAUUUAGAUAAUUCACAUUCCAGUCAGUUUAAUUCAUUUCAAACUUCUAAGAGUUCUGAAUGUCAAAUAUUGGAUGAAUGUUCUUGGUUUAAUAAUGUUUUUUCAGAAAAGGAUAAUAUGCAUUCAAAAUCUCAAAAAAUUGACAUUUAUGAAGAUAAAGAAUCUUAUAAUAAUUUUAUUUCAAAUUGGCGUCAAUUACAUACUCAUACUUCAAAAGAUUCUUCUAUAACUCACUUUCCUUUAUUUCAAAUAGCUACUCAAAACACUUUUUUAAAACACAGUUUAGAAUCAACAGAAGAGUGCAAAAUAUCUAAGGGGACGUCAUAUGUUAGGAAAUUACCAUCUUGUUUUAAAUUUUCAACAAAUUCUACAGAAAAAAUUGGGAAAAAAAAUAUUUUAACAUUAAAAUAA